UCUGUGGUUAGGUCACUAACUUGAUAGUUGAUAACUCAGGGUUCAGGCGACAACUGCUUUUAAAAAUACUAAACCCUAACUUCUAGUUCAUUUUGUCAAUUAACAGUUGUAGUUUGUAAAAUUUAUGACUGAAAAUUGUAAUAUUCUAGCUCUUCUAUAAUUGUAAGGAAUAAUAUCAGUGUAUGUGAUUAAAAAGUAAAAACUUAGAAAUAUGACUUUAUAACUCUGUGUUGAAAAAACAAUAAGUUAGCUGAACUAAAUCAUGAACACGGUUUGGGAAAACACAAGUUACUAGUAGUUUUUUCGAAUUUUCAAAAUGGAUUUAAUCUAUUCUAUGAGACGUAAACCUUUGAAAUGUGAGCCACCUAAUUUAGAUGGCACUACAGACCCAGAAGUAGUGCGUCCAAUAUGCACAAUAUCGGUGUGUAACAUUAUAGCAUUCACAUCAUUUACUGAGCUCUCAGAUGUAGAUGGAGACACCUGGGGUGGGCAUGUGUAUGUAUGUGAUAUUAUCACACCAUGGAAUAGCUAUAAAGUUACAAGUACUACACAUCCUGUAUCUGCUCUUGAGUGGGAUGGAGAAGGCAAGCAGCUGCUAGUUGCUACUACUGUAGGAGAUGUAUAUGUAUAUGGGCAAAAGGAUUAUUUAUUAAAUGAAUGGACUUGUUUGUAUACAGGCAAUUUUCCAGGCGAGAGGGUGAUUAAGGCGAUUUUCUUCCACAAUGGACGUAGAGUUCUGGUAUCAGACAAAAAAGUUGAGGUGCCUAUGACUGAGAGAUUUCAGUUGUCGAGGAGCACUCCCACACUCAAAGGAUUUGGUGGAGCGGGCAGAGAAGGUGUGUGCAUAGUGACGGGGUCGGGGCUGGUGGGAGCGGUUUCAGGUUGGUCGGCGCAGUCUGCCGUAGUGCCACUUCGUCCCGCUCGGGAUCGCGUCACCGCCGCGGCCUUCGCCCACAAAAACGGCAAGAUCGUAGUCGCCGCCUUGUGCGUGUGCGGCGGUCGGGCAUCUGUGCGGGCAGGCGCCGUUUCGCUCACCCUUCCUUUGGCUUUGCAGCUCACACCGCUGCCCACGCUAUAUCUCCCGGACGACACGCCGCAGCUGCCCGUGUGCCUGAGUUGGAAGUUGUCAGAGGAAGUAGACAGUUUGUUCGUGGGCAGCACCACGGUGACCCUGUGGAAGCUGACAGAACGAGCGUAUCCCGUGCACAAACUAUUGGCCAAAGGUUCCGUCCAAGGGAACACUACUCCUGGGGGAGGACUGAAGUCGGCUUCGGAGUGCUUCGCCACCCUGAGCUGGCAGGCGACGGGAGCGUGGCCGGUGGAGGGCGGCGAGGCGGCGGCGGGCGUGGCGUCCGGCGGGCCUCAGGCUGCCUCGCUGGCCGCCCUCGCCACGCCCAGGUCCCUGCAUCUCAUCGGAGACUCGCACCACUACCUCUGUUCACGGGCGGUGGUGACGAGUAGUGAGGUGUCUCCGCCGUCUUCUACUCCGCCCAAGAAGACAAAAUACGGGCCUGGCCUUUUACCGAGUGGCGCGAGAUGCGCCCGCGCAUGCAGCGUGAGCGUGUCGUGGUCGGGGUGUGCGGUCGUGGUCGUGGACACGCACUCGCAGCUCCAUCUCUACAAACACACGCCGGCGCACGAGCACGCCAGCCAAGUGGUCUCUCAGACGUGCACGCUGCUGGAGUACGCCACGGUGAGCGGACACGACUGCGUGGACGUGCUGAUAGGACUCAAGCCCAACGUCCUCGAGGCGCUCUACGAGAGACUGACGGAGAACUUCCAGCGACAGCCGACCGCGUUCCAGCAACACUACUACUACGCCUGGAUCCGCCUGAGAAUGCUGCUGUGCAGCAUGAUCCCGAGCGGACAGGCGAGCGCGUCCAACUUGACAUCGGUGCUGAUGAGCGGGGCCUCGAGCGCCGCGCUGGCGUGCGCUCUGCGCCCGCCCGCCCCUCGCCCGGACGACAAGGACUCGCCUUUGCACGCGCUGGCAGCCCUGGCCGGCCUCUUCGACGAACAGCCCGACCACGACAAGAACCUGUUGGCGCUCGAAGCUAAAGCCGAGGCGCUCGGAGAGACGGCUCUGUCGGCGCUUCAGCCGCUGCAGGCUCUGCGUCGUCCGCUUCGGCGGGCUCUGCACACGGCGCUCACGGCGCUGGCGGCGCUGCAGACCUCCACUUCCCAUCACGGUUACGAGGUGUGGGCCGAUCCGUCGGCCCUGGGUGUACUCCGCAAGCUGCUGGUGGUGUCCCGCUGCAGCGCCCGAAGCACCUGGGGCGGGGUAGAGGCCGGAGCCGGUCUGCAGUCGGCCUUGGCCCGCCUCGCCGCUUCGCCCCACAACGUCAAGCCGGACCUGCUGGAGGAAUGUCUGACCCUGUGCGUGCAUAACUCGUCCCGGGUGUGGGACGUCUCGCCCCGUUGCGGAGUCGUCGCUCCCCACUCCAGGCCCACGCCUUAUUACGUGAGUGCGAGCGUCGGUUAUAUUCCGUUAUUACAAAACCAUUUCUAUCGUAAACGAGAAUCCCAUGAACAGUUGGAGUACGGCGUGGAGCCCGAAUCCCUCCGGUACGUCCCGGAGCCGCCUACUCACGCCGUUUCGGAGUUGACUCCGUCGUUCGAAAUGGACGCCAUAAGGUACCGUGUUCGGCAGUCGUCUCUAGACCUCGGCCUCCCGCAUCUACAGGCGAAUGCAUACUCGCAGGUACAUGUAUUUGGGCGGUGGCGACAAAGGCGGCGGCAGAUGGCGCGAGUGCGGGCGUUGCGGCGCGCGAGUCCUGGCCGCCUCUCUCUGCGCCAGACAUCCGCUUCAGCGGGCCUACGACGGACGCUUCAUCGGCGCCUGCAGAUGCGGAGGAAAGUGGAGUCUCGUGUCCAACUUCUAGAAUUAAACGAAUAAAUUAACUGAACGUACAA